AUGCCACGACCGAAAAAAGCGGGUGAUGAUGGAAAAGAAGUGAAGAAGCGAUCGAGGAAUGGCUGCUGGCCGUGCAAGUCGAGAAAAGUAAAAUGCGGCGAGGAGAAGCCAGUAUGCGCAAACUGCCAACGACAAGGCGAAGCAUGCGAUUAUAGUAUUCGCCUAAACUGGGAUGGACGGAGUAAGAAGAAAGAGAAUGGCACAAACGGCUUCCACACCAUUUCCUUCAAUUCACAACCACUACCAUUGCCUGCCCUCUCGCAGUCACUCCAAGUCAAUGCUCCUCACAAUAGCGACAGUGCACUUCCAGCACUUGCGCCAGCUCCUGUACUUACCACGAUUGAACAAAUGCCAAUCCUCCCUGGCAUCGACUCAAGAAAUUCGAGCGGCUCUUCCGAUCAAUCACUUCCUCCAGUAUCGAAAUUGGGACAUCCAGUUCGUCCCCUGCCUAUACCUCAUGUCACCACUCCGGCACCUUUCUUACGAAAUCCGACGUGGGACGCACCUAUUGGCGCUGGCUUCAAUACCGCGCGCAAUAACCUUCGAGGCUCGAUAUCCUAUCCAUCUCCAAUUGAUUCCUCUUUCGGCAGUCCAAGCUAUACCUCCACCACGUUCAGUAUGAACGGAAGCUCUUCAUACCAUAUGCCACCUCCCAUGACAUCAAAUCCUUCUCUGCUGCCAGAUGCCGUACCGUCACCAUACAAUAGCGCAAAGAGGAUGCGUAUGAGUCCUCGUGCCGAUAACUUUAGUAGACAACCCGCCUUGAGUCGGUCAUUGUCGUCUAACUAUGGUCAUAUUGACGAUGUGCAGCGCCAUUACUUCAACCCGGGCACCUCAACCUAUUUUCCGCCGCACCUUCGUGAUCCGCUGACCCCAGCCACUUCUUCAACAAGCCAUCUCAACGAUGGUGAUGAUAGACGCAUCUCGGUUAGCUCCUUAUUGUCAGAAGACCCCGACGAACUGCCUUCUCGCAAAAAUUCUUCAACCUCAUACCCUCUAGCUUGGAACCACGAACCAAUGCCGGAGCCACCAAGAAGAGGGUCGCUACAUCAGAGGAUGAUAUCAUAUUCAGAGACUGAAACCUAUGGUCAUGACCGUGGUCUGCCUGACUGGGAUCUUGGUCGCAACAACGAUACCGUGGCACUCAGUGGUGGAAAUACUCCCUCGGAGCACAGUGACUUUGAGUCCUGGCUCAAUGAUGCCGAUCUUGGCAUACCAGAGUUUGGCUUUCGGCUUGAAUCAAAGGAUCAAGCUUUCAAUCCUGGCGGGUAUUAUUCGUCUCCAGUACCCAUCAAGAUACCAAGGAAGCUUGAGCCGCUACCAUCAACUUUGACCACCAAUCCUAUGAACCUGUUGUACUUCCAUCAUUUCCUGAACCAUACUGCACGAAUCUUAGUCAUUCAUGAUUGUCCAGAGAAUCCUUUCAAAACAAUCUUACCGAAGAUGGCUGUGGAAAGUGCGAACCUCCUCAACCUGAUGCUCACGUAUUCGGCAUGUCACCGAGCAAGGCUUCUGGGACACAAAGAACCUGUCAACAGAAUCGCUCAUUGGGUAAGAGAUGUCUUUCCGAGCUUACGGCAAACGCUUGACGAGACGCAAAACACAGAAAUCUCUAACGCAAACCUUGCAACAGCAAUCAUGCUUGCAUCUCUCGAGAUCAUCUCUCCCUCGAGUUUUGGUAUUGCUAUUCCUUGGCAAGCUCAUCUCGGCUUAGCCCGGGGCAUUAUACGCGCUCGAGGAGGACCACAUUCCAUCUCUAGAAAAGACCCCGUUAUGUUCUUCCUCAGCAGAUGGCUUGCGUACCUCGAUGUCCUUGGUUCGCUCAGCAGCAGGAACACGGAAGAGCCACUCUACGAAGCAAACUUUUGGCAAAGUUCAUAUGAGAGCACUUCGGCAAAAGAACUAUCUUUGACCGAUGAUGAUGAUGGAGAUGAUGACGACGACUAUACCAUUGACUGCUUGCUUGGCUUCACAACACGUUGCAUUACCAUACUUGCGCAAGUGGCGUCUCUGGCGCGACAAGUCGCCCCGUAUAGAAUGCGUGGGCACAUCGGCAUAGUGGACGAGUCGUGGACACCAAGCCCCGAUAUCAUAAAGAAAGCUGACAGAUUGAAGGCAGAUCUUGAAAGAGCUAGGAACCAUGAACAGUGA